AAAUGAGAGAGGGCAUCAGAGUCAACAUCACAUGCUCGCACAUUCACUCCCCACACACUCACCAUCUCUCAUCUCAUGCACAAAACUACCCAUCCAUGUGGACGCACCUAUCCACCACCGCCACCGCAGAUAUUAUUACCCAAAAACGACGUCGUUUUCGUCCCAACCCUCCAACCCUAUCGCCGCCAUGAUCCCUCGCCUUGCAUGCUAACCACCCUCCUCGCCGCCGCCUCCUCCUGGCUCCGUCAUCGCCGAAUCCGCUACUUUCUCCUCUUUCUCUGCUCCCCGCUCCUCCUCCUCCUCCUCUGCGCCGCCCUCCCCUUCCUCUGCGUCUCCGAACUCUGCCUCCGCCGCCGCCUCUGGCGGAAGCUCCUCCGCGACGAUGACGACGCCGAUCGGCUCCGGCGAUGCGAGGAAGGCCGCGAGGAGGAAGAGGAGAAGGGGCUCUUGCAUAGGUACCUCGAGGAUCAGCUUCUUCUCGUUGGAUCUAUGUACGAUUGUGGUGACGAAGAUGAAGAACACGAACAAGAAGAAGAUUCCAGAAGGUUUGAAGAUGUUGAAAGUCAAGGUAGUUGUAGAACCCCUCUGUUAAGAUGAUAAAAUACCGAGAAAAAAAAUAACAAAGGGAAAAAAAAUCCUUUUUUUUUCUGUCUACAAUUUUUUGGUUAACUCUGUGUAUAUAGAAAUCUAAUUUUGAUGUUUGAUUUUUAUUCUAUAAAUAGAAAAAAAAAUUGUAUUGAGGUUCAGAAUUCUUGCAGCUAGUUGCAACCCUGUUGUAUUGUUAAUCCCUGUUUUUCCCUUUUGGUAAUAUUUUAACUCUUUACCUUUAUUUAUCUGUUGUUCUAAGGAAUUACCCGAAUUUGGCCAUGGAAAGAUGUUGGGCAACGCAUUUUGAUCUGCGUGUUUUCUUAUGGCAAUAGUUAUUAGGUUUAAAGAAAAAUUUCCAUUUAU